UUUUCACUACAAGAGAGUGCUUUUAUUAAUUAUUAUUUCUUUUUGUUGGGUUUUUUGCCUUUUUAGCUUUUUGCUUCACUUGAAUAUUAUCUCUUUAGUUUCUCUUCACACUCUCUCUAUCUUUAUCUCUCUCACCUAUCUACUAUACAUACAUAUUCACACUCACUACCAUAUUAGAGAUAUUUCUUUGCAAGAGCUUAUAAUUAUUUAUACAUGAUGAAGAAAUUGUAUUAAUGGUGGUGAAUUUGAUGCAGCAAUAUUACCAUAAUUAAUUAAUUGCUAUAUAUGAUGGAGUCAUGUGUCCCACCUGGAUUUCGGUUUCAUCCAACUGAUGGAGAGCUUGUUGGUUACUAUCUUAGAAAGAAAGUAGCUUCUCAUAAGAUUGAUCUUGAUGUUAUCAAAGAGGUCGAUUUAUAUCGUAUCGAACCAUGGGAUCUUCAAGGAAGAUGCAGAAUUGGGAAUGAGGAGCAACAUGAGUUUUAUUUUUUUAGUCACAAAGACAAGAAAUAUCCAACGGGGACAAGAACAAACAGAGCUACAAUGGCCGGGUUCUGGAAAGCAACCGGAAGAGAUAAGUCGGUUUAUGAACGAACAAAACUGAUCGGAAUGAGAAAGACGCUUGUUUUCUAUAAAGGAAGAGCCCCUAAUGGACAGAAAACUGAUUGGAUCAUGCAUGAGUAUAGGCUUGAAACAAUAGAAAAUGCACCUCCACAGGAGGAAGGUUGGGUUGUAUGCAAAGCAUUCAAGAAAAAAACCAAUGUCCAAACAAAGGCUAAUGAAAGAUGGGAUCAACAAACAAGUGGCAUUAUCUCAAAGGUAGACCCUAUUCAUGACCUUACCUUAUGUCAACCUCAUAGGAUUCCACCUCAAAAUUUCAUGUACAAACAAGAGAUAGAAGCAGAUAAUGCCAUAUUAAGCUUCAUGCAUUCAGAACAUUUGUUACCUCUUCCUCAUCUAGAAUGUCCCUCUAUGGCAAAGAGACAAAACACAAUGUCAAUAAUAUCUGAAAAUAACAUUAACAAUAAUGAUUUUCAAAAUGGAUUAUUGUCCAACAUUAACAAAACGGAGAAAGUGACUGAUUGGAGGGCUUUAGAUAAGUUUGUGGCUUCUCAAUUGAGUCAAGAAGAUCAUAGGCAUGACACAAGCUCAGAUAUGUCAUUGUUGCUACUUCAAAGUAGUAGAGAUGAAGAGAACAAGUUAAGCUCAUUUUUAAGUACAAGCUUAGAUUGUGAUUUUGGGAUAUGUGUAUUUGAACAUUAAAUGCAUAUAGAAUACAAGGGAUUAAUUAACUUUGCUGCAUUUGUA